UGGGUUGAGUCAAUGAUGGAUUCUUAUAUGUAUAUGUUUCUUCUUGGAGCAGGGCUCCUGAUCUGUCAAGUCAUUGUUGCUCAAAAGCCUUCUUCUGGAUUUCAACUAUCAACACCAGGGAAUGGACUGUCAAUGCCGACGAAAACUUCUGGUGGAAUAAAUAAAAAAGGGAAUGGGCCGUCAAUGCCACCGCAACCUUCUGGAGGGAUGACUCUACCAGCAAAUUGGCCGUCAAUGCCAUCGCAAUCUUUUUGGGGUAUGACUUUUCCAGGUAAUGGGCCUUCAAUGCCACCGAAACCGCAUGGGGGGUUUACUUUACCAGGUAAUGGACCUUCAAAGCCACCUCAUCAAUCUGGUAUGACUUUUCCAGGUAACGGGCCUUCCAUGCCACCGAAACCGCAUGGAGGGUCUACUUUUCCAGGUAAUGGACCUUCAAUGCCACCUCACCAAUCUGGUAUGACUUUUCCGGGUAACGGGCCUUCAAUGCCACCGAAACCGCAUGGAGGGUUCACUUUACCAGGCAAUGGACCUUCAAUGCCACCUCACCAAUCUGGUAUGACUUUUCCAGGUAACAGGCCUUCCAUGCCACCGAAACCGCAUGGAGGGUUUACUUUACCAGGUAAUGGACCUUCAAUGCCACCUCACCAAUCUGGUAUGACUUUUCCAGGUAACGGGCCUUCAAUGCCACGGAAACCGCAUGGAGGGUUUACUUUACCAGGUAAUGGACCAUCAAUGCCACCUCACCAAUCUGGUAUGACUUUUCCAGGUAACGGGCCUUCAAUGCCACCGAAACCGCAUGGAGGGUUUACUUUACCAGGCAAUGGACCAUCAAUGCCACCUCAACCCUCUGGAGGGUUUACACAGUCUAAAUUUGUUAAACCAGUCGUACCAACCGGAUCACCUGUUCCUGUGAGUUUUCCAUGUCCCAAGGAAUGCCAAUCGUGCCAGUACUUUAAAGACAAGACAAAGGUGUGCAUGGCAUUUGAUGACUUCGGUGAUAUCAAACAGAAAGUUUAUGAUGAUAUGCCUCCGAGAACCCGGGACGAUUAUGAUUUUCUUUCCAAUACUUCAUUGUUCACAACAACUGCAUAUAUGGCAACUUGUGAUGGUCUUGAAUUCUACAUGAAGACUUGGGCUGCUCUAAAACAAAGAGAAAAAGAUAAUCUACUGGAUUUUAUUAGAGACCCAAGACAAGUUCAAGUUGCAGAUUUACGACUUUUACCAAAGGUUCCUUUCGCCAUUCUCGAGCUCAAUGUUGAGCGUAGCAUGUUUAAACUAAUGACUAAAGAUCAACAGCUUGUAAUGUGUGAGGAUCUUACAUAUAUCGACUGCUUUACCAGGGUUGCCAUUGACAGAAAUAUAGAUUGUGCCAGAAUUCUGCUGGCCUCUGGAACAGCAGAUGCAAAAACUAUUGCAUCGCUUGUUGACGUGAGGAACUGCUCGAACUGGGACAAAGAACAAUGGAAUUUGACCAUGAAAUAUUCUCCUGAUAUUCUUGACAUGGAAUGUCUAAAAAUAGCACCACCUGACGUCAUGGUUGAUAACAUCGAUAGCCUAGCACAACAUUGUCACAAGCUCGACAAACGUGAAAUCAACAUUCUCGCAAACAUUACAACUUCCAAAUUGUUAGAUGACAAAAGAAAAGGAACUGUAGUAUCUUCUGACGAAAAGGACAAAUUAGCGGAUCUGUUAUCUUUCUGUGGAGCUGAUCCGUCCAUAAUGGGUGACCUUAUGGAUAAAUCUGAGAUGUUGUCAAAAGUUGACUACAGCAAAACUGAUACAAAAGAAGGCAUAAAAUUCAUGAAAGAAGUUUUAGAGACUGUUGAUCCGAAAGACUUAACAAAAGACCAGAUUGUCAACUCUUUUAAGAUGAUGGUUUACAACAGAAGUUUACUGGCAGAGCUUGACACUACCGAACUUGAAACCGCUGUUUGUGAGAUAUGUGAUAAAGCUGAUGACUUUGACAAAGCUGAUCUUGCAAAACUAGCAGAUGUUGUUUUAAAACGGGUACCAAGCUUAGCUGACCCUUCAACAUACGACGACGCUACCAUCGAUUGUAUUGGACCUUUGAUUCAAUUUUUACCCAUGCAGUCAUUUGAUAAUAUUCCUUCUGCUGCCAUGGAAUCUGCAAUCUCAGGUGGUAAAAUGAAGAACGUUACGGUUACUUCAAAGUCAAUGGGUAAAAAAUUGCUGGAAUCUGCAAAGACGGCUUUAGGAAAAACUAAUGGUGAUUUUACUAGUUCUGACCUUGAGAAGCUUGGAACAAGUGUCGUUGCCAUGGUUGCCACUGAUUUAAAGAAGAUACCUGAUGCCUCAUUUUCCGAUAGUAUCAUCGAAAUGUUUGCAGACAACAUUAUGAAAAGCGACGUGAGUCCACCGAAAUCUAUGAUUGCAACUCUGAUGGAAAAAGCUGCUGCAAGUGCAACAGGUGUCAAAGUUGCAAUUGAAAGUGGGCUUGGCGAUGAUGUUCCAACUGAACUUCUUAAGAACGCAGAUCUCUCAGAUCUACCUGAUAUUACCGGGGAGUCGUCUGAAGUUACCAUUGAAGUGGAUACAAAACGGGCUAAAAUCUUAGUGAAAAAGGUGAAAGAUUCAAUCGGCGACCUUGGGGGAGCUGACACAAACUUCACACUACAACGUCUGGCUAACAUGGAGAAGAUUGCAUGUGGCCUAACUGUAGCCGAUAUCAAAAAUAUUUCAAGAGACAGUGAAUGUGUGGACAAAAUGAACGCUAUUACGAAAUCGCAGUGUAUUGAAAAAGAACAGGUCGAUGCUGCUGUCAAAGCGUUUAAAGAAGCAACUAACUUCGAUUCUUCGUCAACAGCAGAAGUAGAAUCAAACACAGACAGUGCAACAUUGAGUCAGUCUGCUCCAAACCUGCUGGCACAGUUCAGCUAUAAUGAAAUGAAAAAAUUUGGAACAAGCAAUAAGGAUGCCAUUGUCAGUACCAUCUCUCAAGCUGAUACUGAAGUUCUAUCAAAGACACAAAUGAAGGACGGAUUCAAGUUUGUUAUGGACUCAGUUGGAAAGACAACUUCUGGUGAAAUUACGAAAGACGAUCUAGAUACUGCUGGUAAUAUGGUUUGUGGUAUUGAUAGCACAGUACUCGAUAGACUUGACGCCGACGCUUUGGAAGAAUAUGCAACCACCAUUGAAAAAUGUUCACUUGGUUCAGUAGAAAGAAAGGCUUUAGGAUCGGCUGUCCUGAAAAAACUUGAUUUGAGCGACGGAUCCAAAGUGGAUGCAACCAGUAUUAUGACUCUUGGAACAUCUGUUGCAGAAAUGUCUGAUACACAACUUGAUGCUAUUGACAAGUCAGUUCUUUGUGAUAUGAGUGAUAAAGUUGUAAAGUCAUUUAAAGAUAAGGAAGAAAAGGAGAAAAAAAGGAAAAUCAAAGGUUUCAAAAUGGACACAACAUCAUCAGACGAUAGCACAUUCAAGACAAAUAAAAAGCGAGUAAUGAGAAAACUUUUGGCUGCACAAGAUGCAUGCACUUCUUCCUCAAGCGGAAGUGCUGGACGAAGAAAAAGGUCUACAUCAUCACUGACCUGUUCUUACAUGACAACCAUUGGAACAUCCGGGUUAUCUGCAAUCACCGUUGAUCAGAUUAACAACUUAGAUGAUACAGAAUUUACAGACUGUGUUGAUAUAUUGGGAGCAGUAACAGACUACAGUACUGACCAGAUAGACGCUCUAGUUAAUGUUGGAAAACGUAACACUGUUUGGGGAGAUCCAACAACAUGGACCGCAACGACUGUUUAUAGUGCAGGCGUUAUCGUACAAGGAUUAACAGUUUCUGAAAUUGGCACCUUGACACUUGAUUUGGAUGCCAUCAGUAAACUUGGAGAAUAUGAUGGUUGGACAGAUGCUCAGAAAAACGCACUAUUUGAAAGAUGGUUGACUUUGGAAAAAUCUGAUGAUGCUAGCACAAUUUCAUCGAGUGAAUUGCGAUCACUCGGUCAUAUGACCUGCGGAGCAGAGACUAACCACAUCAAUGUCAUAAGCCAUAGUGUUUAUUCAUCGGCUGCUGACGCUGUCGGUGAGGUUACCAGUUGUUCAGAUGGUCAGCUAUCUUCCUUCCUUACAUUGGCUAAGUCUGCAUAUGGAAGCGAUAUCACAACCUGGGAUUCAACAACAAUAUCAAAUAUUGGCAUUGUCAUAGGUGGUUUAACAAGCUCUGACAUAUCAACACUGUCCGAAAGCCAAAUUGAUGCUAUUGACUCGAAUCACGUAUCAUACAUUCCAUCUUCAACAUUUGCUGGACUUACAACAACUCAAAUCAACACCCUUAGUGUAAGCCAAGCUCAGUCGACUACAACUGGCCAAAGAAGUGCUUUGGAUUCAUCUCAGCUUGCUGCUUUGUCCAGUGUAGCUAAUACUACCUUCUCAGGAUGUGACAUGGUGCAAAUGUCCUUGACAUUCGCUGUUUUCCUAGCUCUUCUCUCGAUUUACUUUGGACGAAUCUAAGCAAUAUUUUAACAGUACAAUUGUGUAAAUAUGAUAUUUUUGUAUCAGUAAAAUUAAUGUAAAAAAAUUCACAACGAUGAAUAUCUUUCAUCGGCAUUUGUUGUUGUCAUAAUGAAUUUUGCAUAUAUAUAUUUGCAAUAUAUAUUGAAAGAUUUUUUGUAUUUAAAGCUCUUGAAUAAAUGUUGAAAUGCGUAGUAAUUUAGUUAAAUGUGUGUUUUUUUAGGAAAAUCCUUCCGUUCUAAUUUAUAUGUUAUAUUUACUUGUUCUUGUUACAACUAUAUUGUUACAAAUUAAAAUAUUAUUUCUGA